UUCUGUCACCAGUGAUUCUCCCAGUGAUGCUCCCAGCUCUCAUCAUCACUUUGCUAAUAGUUGCUUAUUGCAGCUAUAAGUAUCUCCUCAGGAAGAAGAAAAUGUGGGAGGAAAAGAUCCCGAACCCCAGCAAGAGUCUCCUGAUCCAGAGCUACCUGGGGAAAGCACAUUUAGGAAACUGGCCAACAAGCAGCCAGCUGGACUUCAACAAAUACAACCUUUCAGAGAAGAUGGAGCAGGCUAGCUUCCUUCAAGUUGUGGACAGACAGACGAAGACUUCGACAGAGUCCCCUGAAGGGCAGGCUAAAAAGACAGAUGUUUCCCCUGUUGCACUGGACCUACAGAACUCAUACCAUGCUUUAAAUGAGCCAGAGCAUGCCCUAGUUGUCUGCUCAAGUCAGAUUGCUGGUCAUUCCUUUCCUGUUUCAAGGAGAAACAGUGCUGAUGCAAGUAUUGCUUCCCAGAGAGCAAUCCCUUGCUUUGCUUUCAAUGGUCCAUACUUGUACAGCCCAGUGACGUCCUCCCAACCUGAUAUGCAUCAGACCCUGGAAGUGGACCCAGUGGGAGCCUGUGAGAAAUCAGGUUCCCUUCAGUAUGUGACCCUCCCAAAGGAAGACUGUCCCCAGGCUCCACAGAGGCAAGAACAGCCAGAAGCAGGUCCUCCACAGCCCUCCCUGCUCCCAGAUCAGAAGGAAAUGACGCAGCAGCUCGACGAGGAGAAAGAAGUCUCACCGGCCCCACCAGCCUGUGGGAAAGGCACGAACGUGGGGACAGAAGAGCAGAAAUCUCCAAAGGCUCUUGGCUGUGUCACAUCUCCCCAGCAGUGCCCCUUGGAGUACAUCACCACAGAGAGCCCGUUCCUGCCAUCAGCCAGCGAGCUCACCCGUCCACCGCUUGUCACUGCUGGGGAGUCACCUUGUGACUCUCAGGAGCCCCAGCCCCAGGGUGACCGCUCUUGCCAUGAGUUUUCUCCUGGGAAAACUGGUGUCAUGGUCCCAGUUUCAGGUCAAGCACCAACCUCUUCUCCUGAAUUGCACCUGGAUACAUUUGGAGACUAUCUUACUGUCCCUUUAGGUCUCCAUGGACAUUCAGAACCCACAAAGGUUUCUUUGCCUGUCUUACAGAAGGGAAACGAUCUUCCUAGAAAGCAACCUUUGUCAGAGGGUAAUUUGGUGGUGUUAAACCCUGACAGCACUGAGCCAGUUUUCCUUUGCCAGGUUGGUGACUAUUGCUUUCACAGCCUAAAAUCCAGUGUGAAGAUGGAUAUUAGUCAGGAAGACAACCAAGUCAAGAAACCUUCUGAAGGCAAGACAACACCUGGGAAGCUUGUGUCUGAUGAUGAAUCCAUCACUGGCAAGGAAAACGAAGUAGCAAAAAUGCAAGCUAUUCAGCUUUUCAAAAACCUGAAAUCAGAUGACUACUUUUCCUGGCAGCAAUCUUUGAGGAUCACAGAAACCUGUUAA